GGCUGCGGUCGCGUUCCACUUUGUGUCAAUGACGCGAUAAACAUACGACGCUCUCAACCUUCGCCGAGAGAAAGAUGUAAAAGAAGUGGAUUUCUGCAACUUGUCUGGAUAAAGGGACUGUACUUUAUAACCACAAUGAGAGUUGUAAUAGGUGGAGGAUCAGGGUUUGUGGGUCGUGAGCUAACACGUUUGUUGAAAAGCAGAGGUCAUGAGGUCACAUUUAUAUCCAGGCAGCCUGGCCCAGGAAAAAUAACAUGGGCUGAUGUAGAGUCAAGAGGCCUCCCUCCAUGUGAGGGUGCUGUGAAUCUAGCAGGGGAGAAUAUUAUGAAUCCUUUAAGAUGGUGGAAUGAAAGUUUCAAAAAGGAUCUGGUCUUUAGCCGAGUAAACACAACCAGAAUUCUUGCCCAAGCUAUUGCCUCUUCACCAACUCCACCACAUUCAUGGGUGCUUGUUACAGGAGUAGCGUGUUAUAAACCUAGUCUUCAAACCCAUUACACCGAGGAGAGCGAAUGGACACCAUUUGACUUCCUGUCUCGUUUGGUGAAAGAGUGGGAGGCAACAGGGCAGCUUCCUGAAAACAGUGCUAAGAAAACAAGACAAGUGAUCAUCAGGCCAGGUGCUGUUUUAGGGCGUGACGGUGGCGCCAUGAAAAAGAUGUUGAUUCCCUUCUGGCUUGGCUUGGGUGGGACGCUUGGCUCAGGACGACAGCCCUUCCCUUGGAUCCAUGUGUCAGACCUGGUUGGCAUCAUCGCCCAUGCCUUGGAGCCCAAAGUAGAACCAUCCACAGAACCAGAUGUAUUUAAUGGAGUUGCGCCUGCACUGAAUACCAAUUUUGAAUUCACUAAGGAAUUGGGCAGGACUAUAAAAAGACCCACUAUCUUCCCUGUGCCAGGCUUUUUCUUGGAUGUCUUCCUCGGUUCUGAGCGAGCUGUGAUCCUUACACAAGGCCAGAAAGUGGUGCCCAAGAAAACUCUUGAGUCUGGCUUUGAGUUUCAGUACCCAGAUCUUACCUCUGCUUUAAAAGAAAUUGUUAGAAAUUAGUCAUCAGUCAAAACAGAGAAAAGACCUGAAGAGAUUUAGAUUUUUUUAAAUAUUAUUUUAAAUUAAGCAAAUGGAAAAAUAAAACUUGCUUGUACUUGCUUGACUUAAUGUAGAUAUUCAGAAAUACACAUUGUUCCUUCAUCUGUUCCUCAUUAAGAAUUACUCAUAUCUGUCUGUGUGAACAAAAUGAGCACUUCAUUGGUAAAUAAAUGUUUAUAUGAAAAUUG